CGGCACGACCCGAAGUAUGGAUCGGUCCUCGAAUGAUUCCAUUCAAGGGUGACUGGAACAGAAAUCAUCACCGAAAUCAUAAAAUCGAGUUCUAGCUUUUUGCAUACCUAGAUGUAAAACGAGAAUUGAAAUUUUUGCACUUGAUCAUUCGAAUGUCUGAAGUUGAUGGAAGAAGAUGACACAAACUCUUUCUCAGGUAUGAAUAAACCACAAUUCUUUUUCUCAGCACCUAUCUUAGUCGAUGAAAUUAAUAACAGUGAUGUCAUGUGUAUAUUUUCCGUGCAAACUUACAUCUGAAUCGAUUGUGCUUCCAAUUUUCAGAAAUCUAACCCCGCUACUUGAGAUCAUGUUGAUGUUCCAAGAGAGUUGAACAUCUUCAAGCACCUCAUCUUGUUUCAAGAACUCUACUUUCUGUGCACGACCUCCAAGGGGAGGAGGACGACGACGGUCGGAGUCCUAGUACCGAGAGAAAGGGCUCCGAGAAGAUGUCGCAAAGCGAUGAGGGCAUCAGCCCCCGUGCUGCUCGAAGGCUAAAGCGUCGGAGGGUCAUAGCCGACAGUGAUGACGAGUCCGAUGGUGGAAGUAGUCGUCCCACUGCCAGAUCUAUUGCGCCCGCUUCUGUUGUAGUGGGAGUGACUCUAAGAGGAUCUAGUACGCCAGCUACUGGCAGUAGUGGAGGACUCUCCUGUGCAACUGCGCAAGCGGAUUUCCUAGCAGAUUUGGCACCGGCACCUGCUGGAGUUUCUCCUGCGAAGACUACAUCAGGAGUUUCUCCUGCGUCGAAGACUUCUACGCUGCAGAGUAGGGCUAGUGGAAAUGGCGCUGUAGCCCGUCCAGGGGCAGGACUUCAUGUUCCUCGUCACCACAGUGCAGCCUCGAAAGGAGCUCCAGCAAAUCACGCUGGUUUGAUUCCUGGGCAACUGCAUGUACAUGGACAACUACCUCUAGGAGCUGCUAACGGCAGGACGAACCCAGCAGCUGCAGCUAAUUUCGCGGCAUUGCAGCAGCAGCAAUUGCAGCUAGCUAUCGCACAGCAACAGGCAUUCUUGGCAGGAGGAGCGUCCUCAUCGAUGUUUUUCCAGAAUGGGGGAACGCAUCGAGCUGCAGCAAUGAAUGCAAAAAUUAUUGCGGGCCAAGCUCAAGCCAGUAGAGCCGUCACUGCUGCGGCCACUGCAAAGAAUAAUUAUGGAGGAAAAUACUUGCUCAAAAAUAUGUUGUUCGUUGUACCUGAUCAUCCGUGUUGUUCGUUGUACCGAUCUGUGUAGAGUGGGCAAUAGUAGCCUAUCCUAUCCUACUCCGUAUUCUUGGUGCCAACAUCAAAAACAAGUGAUUUCGUCGUUUUCGGUUCUCAAUAAAAAAGUACAACUGGGCUCCUGGAAGAGAUACCAGUAAAUCAAGAUGAUCAAGAUGAAAAGAUAUGUUCCACAGGAAUGAAUACUCCUUCUCUUUCUCCCACAACAUCACUCUUUUUCUAAUCUCCAUCCAAGAAGCGUGGCAAAGGAGAAUCUUCCGAUGAGUAUUGUCCUUCUAGCGACGAAGCACCGCAGAUGGAUUCUUCAGACGAUGACGGCCCAAGCAACAACUACCGAGAAAAAAGGGCAAAGGCCAAGGCUGAUGCUGAGUCUGCUGCUUGGCAACGCGCAGUGAACAAAAUGCGUGAGACAGCAGCACAAGUAGUCCAAAUGGUACAGUCGAAUUUCGCGAAGAACGCCACAAACGCAGCUGCGCAGAGGGUCAAAAAAGCAAUUUCAAAGGGGAGAACGAAUUUGGUCGAUAACUUUAACGAUACUUUGGUACCUGUCGUGGCUCUUUCAGGACCUGCUGGAGGAGUCGGAGCAGGAGGAGCAACAGCAUCAUCAUCGUCUUCAUCUUCAUCUUCUUCUGCGGCUGUUGUAGACGGUCACAUUACAACGAGUGUUGAAGGAAAUGGGAGAAUCCAGCCAAUCUGCUCAUCGUGUCCAGACACUGUUCCUCCUGCCUAUCUGAAGUUGAAGGACUAUCAAAAAGUAGGCGUGCGUUGGCUGAAAACCUUGACGGAUGCCGGUUUUGGCGGAAUUUUAGCAGAUGAAAUGGGCCUUGGGAAAACAGCACAGACUUUGACGUUUUUAGAGCUGAAGAAGUUAGAGUUCAACGCCUCGAGGCGGACUACUAGACACAGUACGAAGAAUCCUUCCAGCACGAUGAAGCCGAUGCUGAUUGUGGCGCCUGUAAGUCUUUUACGCAAUUGGGAACUUGAGAUCGCGAAAUGGACGUCGUUGCGCGUCUUCCGGUACCACAGUAGCUCGCAGAAGGAAAGAUGGGAGCAGGGUGCGAAAUACUUGAAAAAACCUAGCGAUUACGACAUCAUACUCACAACGUCGCACGUCUUGAGCAAUCGGGACGACCGAAAAAUAUUCUUCAUGCAGAUCAGGUAUACAACUCUCCUCACAUGAAGAUGAUCACUAGAUUUAUAGAUCAAAUCUGGUCUGCUUGCUUCAGCUCUUCAAGCGCUGCACUUUCCUUAUUUUUGAUUCUCUUACCUCACUGUUACUGUUAACAUAUUACUGGUUGUUCCUUAUAGAUCAAAUCAUGUUGCCCAUGAUGAGACAUUUCACAUGAAGAUGAUCACUAGAUUUAUAGAUCAAAUCAUCAUGUUGUUGCCCAUGAUGAGACAUUUUUUUGCGACACACUCACAGGUUUUCAUACUUCGUAACCGACGAAGCACAUUUCUUGAAGACGAACACCACCAAGCGAGUACGUGAAAUGCACAAGAUUCGCGCCGAUAACCGUGUCCUAUUAACCGGUACUCCGAUCCAGAACUCCCUCAACGAAUUGUGCAAUUUGCUUUGGUUCUGCAUGCCCAGUUUGUUUGAAGCACUGACGGACUUAGACUGCAGUUCCAACAAGGACAUCAAACUGCAGUGGCUCCAGAAUUUGUCGAGUGCUUUUUUGUUACGUCGAUUGAAGGGAGAUGUCUUGAAAGAUUUGCCAAGAAAGCAUUGUGUGGUUUUCGGCUGUAAAUUGACGGAAAGCCAGAAAAAGCUCUAUGAUGCAGAGAUCGAACGAUUUCAAGCCGCAAAUAAUCCAAACCAUGGUGCUGGAGGUAUUUCGUCUGCAGCUGCUAGUUCCGGUAGUGACACCUCUACGUCAGUCGCCAACCAGCGUGGUGCUGGAAAGAGGGUCGGAUUGAAUUCGCUCUUAGGUUUGGGUGCUUCGUCGAUUGGUUCUUCUUCAGCUUCUUCGACUAGCUCUAGAGCAGCAAGAACAGCGAAUCGCGGCCUGCAAGCGGGUCGUGAACCAAGAGGAAAAGGUGGCUCUUUGGUGGUUCCUGGGACUAAGGGUAAAGGUGGAGGCAUGGUGGUAUCCACGACUCAGGGUGCGUUCAAGACGAUCUAUAGUAGACUGCGCAGAAUUUGCGGUGCACCAUUGUUAGCACAGACGAAGUUCAAGGAUCUGGAGUACCGGUUGUUAGCGCAGUAUUUGAUGCCAAAAAGGGACGACUUUAUGAGAGCGGGGCUUGACAGGGUGGAAAAGGAAGUGCGGACAUGGUCGGACUUUGAAGUACACACGGCGGCGAGGACGUACUUGCUAUAGAUACAACAUAGAUAGCUUUUGAUGUCGUUCCCCAUUUUUUUGUUUAAGUUCCAUCCAAAUGUCUAUCCAAAUUUCUAUCAGUAAGAAAAACUGCAAGCUUCGGCUUCAUUUCAAAUUCAGGUUCGGUCUUCCUCCUCCCUUUCUAGCCAGCGAGGGAGAGAUUUGCGCUGGUGGCAAGGUCGAAUCCCUACUAGGCAUUCUGAACAAAAGACGGGAUAAGAAAACCCUAGUCUUCUCCCAGUAUACGCAGUACUUGGAUGUGCUAGAGGCUGCGCUUAUAUUGAAGGGGUUCCGCUAUGUCAGACUUGACGGCUCGACCGCUACGGACGACCGGCAGCAAUUGGUGGAUGCUUUUUCGGCUAAGGGUGAGUCAGCGGGGGGUGGGUCUUCUUCUAGUACUAGUACUACAGGAGCCUCUUCGUCCACGUCAACUACAUCUUCAUCAACAUCUUCUACUUCCACUGGUCCGCAGGUUUUUUUGCUUUCUACUAAAGCAGGUGGGGUUGGAUUGAACCUUGUUGCAGCUGACAUGUGUAUUCUCAUGGAUAUGGACUACAACCCGCAGAAUAACCGCCAAGCCGAAGAUCGCGUGCAUCGAUUGGGUCAAGUGAAGGAUGUGAAGAUCAUCUACAUGCUGGCGACGGGGACGAUAGAGGAAAAAGUUUUGGACAUCAACUUGCGGAAGAUGAAACUUGACGCGGCGUUUGGAGGCACUAACGUGUUGGAAGAAGCAGCGGCUGGAAUCACUAGGGAAGCAGGAGGAGCAGAGCCGUUAGUGCAGCUGCAAAGGACAUAUUCGGCACCACCUGGAUCCACUUCAACAUUGGUGGAGGGUGUACCCCCUCCUACAACAUCUUCUAGGAAUACCCACUCUCUAGGAGGUGGUGGAGUCCGUGGUGACAUCGAAACUACUAGUUCUAUGAAUUCGCAAUCGUCUCAGCAGGAUGAUUCUUCUUCCAAAGCCGCGCCAUUACUGGAGAAAUGCAACGAGGACAUCGAAAAGGAGGCAUUGAACGAAUUGCGUAGUGCGUUUGCAACACGGUCUGACGUUUUGAGUUUUAACGCUCUGGAGCAAGAGGGUAAAGGGGUGGUUUCCUUCGUGCAGAAUGUGGAUGACUUGGACGAUGAGGUUGUGAAAGAAGUAGUGGAUCGUGUAGAAGAAAAUAGCGAGAACCAGCAAAAAGAGGUGGUCAUGAACGAGCUAGCUGAGGUUGUGCCAGAGGGUGAACAUCAGAAAGUGGAAGAGCAUGAACUCGAACGAGCACUAGAUCUAGUCUCGCCAGCUGACGGUGGACGAGAUCUAUCAAAACCAGAAGAACAGAACGAACAACUUCAGGAGAAAAUGAAAACAAGUAAUCGUGUGCCGCGAGAACAGAUUGAAGGAUCGCAGCCUGCUAAUGCAGAGGAAAUAUCAUUAAGGCUCAGCUUUCAAUGGUCAUUGGGGUUGGUCACUGAGAUCGAAGAGGCGACCCCUUGAGAGGACAGGGGAAAACGAAGGGAAAGGGGAGAGCUUUGAAUGGGGUCCCUUCCGUUCAGAGUCAGUGACCAUUGAAGGCUAAUACCAGCAGAACCACCUGCAGGAGAGGGACAGGAUGAUACAACCAGAAUACCAAAAUUAGAGGAAGACACCCCAUGUCCUAAAAUCGAAGAAGCUGCCUCUGCUGCCUGUCCCAAAUCGGGUGACGUCAUUAUGCUGGAGGUCGAAGAGGAUAGCUCCAUUGCUGAAGAUGAAUCUCCCGAAAAAACGAAAGAAAUGCUUGUACCUUCCACCGAUGCUGCAGUGGCACCCCCCGUUGUAGAAACCGUAGUUGAGGUCGACGCCAAUUGAUAUUAUACUGUACUUAUAAUAUAAGUAGACAACAUUGCGUUUAUGGAUGUCCUAGACAUGUAGAUCAUUCACGACUUCACAUUUCAGUUCGAGAAUUCAGUUCCUUGAUGUACCUGCUAGUGGUAACCAUGACUUGUCGUUGUUGUUUUAACAUACUGAGGUCGUUUCAGGGGAACAAAAUCAAAAUGAUAUCUGAAGUACUUAGUUGAUGAGGUUUUUCAAAGACCUCUCAGAAGCUUGCUUCUGGAGAGCAACAAGGCUUUCUGGGACGAGGAUCAUGUUGGUGGUUUUCGCCGGAUGAUGUGAGACAGAAACCAAGAUAUGGGAUCCAUGAUGAGACAGAUCUCUAUCAAGGACCUGCUAUCGAUCUUCU